CAACUUCCCAUAUCUAUCGCGGAAGUAUACGAAAAUAUCCUCGGUCGAAGUCUUGACCCGGAAGCUACUCGCAUUAUCUUGCAGAUCGUUCUAGCGACUAUACGUCCUCUAACGAUUGACGAGGUAACCAUUAUAGUUACGAUAGCAAGAACGGAGGGUAUUCGAUCAUAUAAAGAUCUUAAUCUCGAACCUAAAGAUAUCCGAGAAUCUAAUCUUCGCAAUAUAUACGGGUUUUUCAUUAGCAUUAGUGAUUUGAAGGUAUCUCUCCUUCAUUAG